GGUGUUAAAAGUUUUCAAAAAUUACGGUGUUUUCUGUCUUUUUAUUGCAAAUUUUUUAGACAAAAAUCCCGCCGUAUUAGAAAUGCAUCUAAAAUAAACCUAACCUUGACCAUCUCCUGAAGAACCAAAAUUACAAUCAAGUUUUAAGAUGACAACAACAAUGACCAAAAUUCUAAUAUAAAAACCCACCGAAUUCAACUAUCAUCACUAGUUCAUCAAGCUGAAACAUAUUAACAUGCUCUCAAAAGUAAUCGUACUAUCCGCCCUUGUGGCUGUAGUUUACAGCGCAGCUGUAGACGUUGUUCCGGUUGUAGCACAAAACUCUGACAUUUUUCCUGACGGCAAAUACCAGUACAACUACGAAUCCGGAGACGGCAGCAAACAGGAACAACACGGAGUACCAAAACCAGUCGACAAAGACAAUGUUAUUGAAGCUGUAGAAGGUUCCGUAUCCUAUACCGACCCAGAUGGUGGCCAUCACGAUUUGACUUAUGUAGCUGACGAAAACGGAUACCAGCCACAAGGAGAUGAUGUUCCAAAAAUUCCAGAAGCAAUUGCAAGAGCUUUGCAAUACAUUGCCGAACAUCCAGAACAUAUGGAAAUGGAAAAACAUUAAUUUUGUUGAUGAUUUUAUAGUACAAUAUGACUGCCGCUUGUAAUUAUAAGAUUGAAUUUUACUUUUGCGUUUCGUUUUUUUUUUUUUUUUU